GCGGAUGUAUAUAGUGAGUAGGCGAUUUUUCGCUUCAAAGUUUACAAUUUAAAACACGCGAUGGUAUUUUCAUUGAAAAUAAUUAAAAUAAAUUCGUUUUAGUGGACUCUUGACAGUAAAAUAUGUUUCUGAAUUGUGACGAUGUGAAAAUAAAGUGCUUAUAAGGGAAAAAUAUUAAUUAAUUAUGUGAUUUUUUUUUAAAUAAUAAUAAAAAUUCUUCCCUAUUUUUAUAAAUCCAGGGACACCAAAGAGGAGUUUCCUGGAUCAGAGCCUGCUCAGCGGGUAGGAUGCGGCGGCAUGAUCCGCUUCGUACUGCUGAUGGCGAUGCUCACAAGGGCCAUCGCCCCCAAAACGUAACAGAAGUCCACGGCACUGAACUUGCGACCCCGCCGACAUCGCUCACCAUGCCUCCUCCGACUGUCUUCCGCAAUACAAGAAUAACAAGCAAACCUCGGCGACAAAUGAAACAUGGGAAAGGAGACUCGCCUAUGUUGAAUUACAUUUUCGAUUCAUACGCAACUAGUAACAAACAUUUUCAUGACAAAUUCAAACCACCGUCAUUUGAAGGAGAGGAGUCUGAUGACACGAUACUCGAUGCAGAUACUGGCUCAACAGUCAUAUUCGACUGUAAAGUAACGUCGCUAAGAGAUAAAAUGGUUUCAUGGCUUAGAGUGUCUGAUGAGGAAAAUUUAGAAUUACUUACUUUAGAUCUAGAUACACACACUGCGGAUUAUAGAUACAGAAUGGAUGUAGCAGGUGACAAUUGGAGAUUAUCAUUAUCAGAUGCCAAAGUUCAGGACUCUGGUAUAUACUGCUGCCAUGUAUCUACACAUCCGCCUAUGAUAAGACGUUUUAAAUUAAUUGUACAUCCGCCGGAAAUAAGAAUGAGCAAAGAGGCUUUCUUAGAGAGCGGUGAAACCUUGUCGUUGAAGUGUUCAAUACUCCAUUUGCAUCCUGGAGACAUCGUGCCUGAAAUGCAUUGGUAUAGAGGAAACAGUACCGUGUCACUCGACGAAGUCAGAGGCGGUGUACUAGUGGAGACAGAUCAUCUGACACUUACGAGUCAUUUGCAGGUAUCGCGACUGAAAGUGGAGGACGCUGGUAACUACACAUGCGCCCUGGAAGCACCGUUGCGUAUGAAAGCAGUAGCAAGAGUGCAUGUUUUGCAAGGAUCCAGCUUAGCGGAACUUCAAAGUGGUGUCAAGACAACCACGAGUUACAUCAGUUUACUGUUAGCAGCCAUACUCGUUGUAUUCGGGACGGAAUACGGUGAUAUAAGGUGACCUAGUUAGAUGACACAUUUAGACAAGAGUCCACUGGAUACCCUGGAUAUUGCAGUGGAGAGACCAUUGGAUAUUGCAGGAAUAAACUUGACACAUACUGGAAAUAUAUCUGAUGUUGUAAAUGGUGGGUCUAAUUCGCCUGAUAACACGGACAUUGCAGGAGUAAAUUUGAUGCGUGCUAGAAUUAUAUCAGAUAUAAGAAACGGCGGGCAACUGAAUCAUCUGAUAACAUUACAGUUUUUUACUUGCAACAUUGUAUUAUUUGUAAAGUUUAUCGCAAUUGAAAAUAUGUAAAUUCUACAAUGACACUGAUUCAAAUCUUUAAAGAGGAACUAAGAAUUAUUAAACAUGCUAAUUUGAACCGUAAAACAAAUCUGAAUGAGCUAUAUCAUAGUAAAUUGUAUAAUGGUAAUUUUUGUCAGAAAUUUAAACACAACAUAGUUGUUUUAUGUUACUUUUAAAUGGGUAUUGCCUUUUAACUAAUUGUUGUAAGUAGUUCAGAAUUAAAAUUUCUUAACAAAAUUAACUUUGUAGUUAAUUUUGUUAAGAAAUGUUGCGCAGUUUAAUUCUAAAUUUUUAUAUCAACACACUGUUAGAUUAUUUCUUUUUUGUAAAUAACCUUGUAAAAUUAGAAAAUGAUUUUGUCUAUAUUGUCCUACGUUCAUAUAUUCUAUAAUGAUUUUUUUUUAUUUCUGCAGUGUUUUAGAGAGGCACCUAAAUUAUGCACUAGCAGUACAAUUUUUACUGCAAAGUAUUAGUUUAAAAUUACUCUAUACUAAUCUAAUAGCUGUAGAAUAACGGCUUUGUUUAUUAUUAUUUUAUUUUUAAAAUUCACCAAUUUUAAAAAGUAUAAUAGUUUGACCUUAAGAGGGUACCUUAAAUAUUUUCAUCUUUAUCUCUAAAAUUUGUAGUAAUUUUGAAACGAUAUCAAAGAUGACAACUAUUUCUUCAAAAUAAUUUGAACAGAAAAAUCCAAAGAGUUUCCAAAAUCGCAAUAAUUACUUUGUAAACGUUCGCCAAAAUUUAUAUUCUUGCUUAUCCAAUGUCCCUUAAAGCGGAUACUCUUAAAGAUCCUAAUGCUGGAAUGCCGUCCAAGGAUCUUUGUAUAAACGGACCAUUAGUGAGAGUGUACAUAACUGUACAGGGCUAAUGUUAAUGUAACUAUAUCUAAUGUAUUACAUUUAGUCAUGUGUCGAGUCGGCCUUUCGGCGUUCGAGUAUUUUAGUAAUCAUUAAAAAAGUGCGGAAUUCAGACUGAUUAAGUCUGUAAACUCGGGCAAGUAUUCGAGUACUUGUAUGAAUAUUUGAGUAUUUCAUUAGACUUGGAUAUAUUUAUAAUAAUUUUUGAAAUUUUACAUUACAUUUAAUAAUUUUAAUUUUAUUAGUGUAAGGAAAAAAAUUAUGAAUCCACAAAACGGAAAAAAAAACUUACGAUAAAUGUGGAACUAGUAAUCGAGUACCGCAUCUACUCAAAUUCUAUAUUCGAAUACCAUGUAUCUAAAUGUAUUGAGUAAUCGAGUACCUUAGUAGGUAUUCGAGUCAAUACUCGUGUUAGUCUGACUCGACACGUCACUAAUUACAUUGUCAUUAUCAUAAUUAUAAACAAGUAAGGUCGACUGGUCUAACUGUGUCCGAGACAAUUAAGAAUAUUUAAUUAUAAUUACUUUUACAAUUUACAAAACCGUAUACGUAAAUAAUCAAGAUGUAGUUUUUAAUAUAUGAUUAGCCUAACCAAGUAAGAGUAUAAGCAAAAUCAAUGGUCCCAUUUGAACAAACAAAAAAGGAAUUAUUUCGCGUAAAUUUUAUUCCUUCUAUUAAAUUAUUCUUUGUUUUAUUGCUGUUGGUACUAGAUUAGUCGUCUUUUCUUUUUUUCUCAAUCGAUAUUUAUAUAUAUAUCCUACUUAAGUUUAUUAGUUUUUCAUAACUUUUAUCAAAGUAAGCACUGGGUAUGUUACAAUCAUAAUAUUCUUCAAUUCCAACUAAGCAGAAUUUGUAGUUGGGAUAGUAGAUAAUUGAUAGAAAUAUUAGUUCUUAGAAAACGCCCAAAUCAAUAAAAACAGACUCAUAAAGACAGACGGACCGGGAGUAUAGCUCGCAACAAUUGAAGGUAAAGCAAUAUUUAAAUGUUAUACUACCAAGUUAGAUGGUUAUUUGAAUAGAAACUAACGUUGACGGGAUUUUUAUAAAAAGGCAUUUUCACCUUUUUGCGAUUAUUCCUUUACUAUUUAAGGGCAAUCGUAUCUGAAGGAACUUAUGGGCUUUUGUCGAGUACCGCGAAGUGAAAUUACAAAAAUAUAUUUUCCGGGAAUUCUUUGGGAGUUUGGCUUUUAUUCUGUCCUUCUCUAUUGAUCUAUAAAUUACCGAUAUCUGCCAGAAAUAUUCGGGAUUAAAGUUUGUUGCAAGACAAAAAUAAACAAAACUUAUUUUUAUAUUAAACAUAAUUCUGGACAAUACAACAUAUUGUUGCACUAAUGUAAAUACGUGCUAAUAAUGUACAUAUUGAUACAAAGUUAAAAAAGAAAAGAGAGUAAAAUUUUAUGAUUUCGUUUUUUAAACUAAAUUAAAGCGUUUAUAAAUAUAAUAUAAUAUUAUCAAGUUAGAUUUUCACUUUCCCAACUUACGUCGAUUUUUAAACAUACUCUGUCCUGUAAUCCACAGGAAAAAAAGGUACGUAUGUCCCAUACUGAUCGUUUUUUUAUGUCUUACUUCUUCUACCUUGCUCUCUCCUUUGUUGAGUGUUUACCGAAUACGCAAAUGAUGUAUGAAUUAUGUUGAAUGAUUCUGAUGAGUUUAUGUGUAUUGUGUACGAAUACGGUAUCACUUGAUACUUUAUUGAGUAUUAUCGAUGUAAGAAUGACUGCUUGUUUUUGUAAGUUGGUUAUUUUUAAUAUUAGUAUUUAGCUUAUUUAAUAUUUAUAUUAUUGAGUAAGGUUUUCACCUUCUCAACUUACGUUGGCUUUAAUAUAUAUCCCGUCCUGUACCUACAGGAAAAAAGUUACAUUACAUAUGUACCUUUUUUUUUACCCUAUUGAUAGGUUUUUUUUUAUGUUCUUCUUCUCCUAAUUUCCUUUCUCCUUUGUUGAAUGUUUAUCGAAUAUGUGAAUGGUUAUGUAUUCGAUGUAUGAAUUGUGUUUGUUGACUAUUGUGUGUUAGUUGCUUGUUGUGUGGUUGAUCAUUGGUGCGUGUUUUGAAUGUGAUUAUUUUGUUUAUUUUCAAGUACAAUAUCUUCCAGUACUUCGCUGAGUGUGGCUGUUGCGUGAAUGGCUACUGAUUUUUGUAAGAUGAUGACAUCAAUAUUGAUAUUUAGCUUAUUUAUGUAUUUUUUAUUAUUUUAUAUAAUAUUCCUGUAAUGCAUAGACGCAGUAUGAGAAGUAAUAGUACAGUCGGUAUGAUAAAAGUCUGUGUGUUCCAAAAACGAUUGACUUCAAUUUUCAAAAGGUGUUUUUGUUUAACUUUUUAAGUUCCUUAGUUAUUAUAUUACAGUCAGACAGUACUGUUAUGUCUAUUACAUAUGUUUUGUUAUUGUUCUUAUCUAUAUAUAUUAAAUCUAUUAUGGGUAUUAUAUUUAAAUAUAAAGUGAGUUAUUUAGAUAAUUAAUCGUUAUACUUAACUUACCCAAUCUGAAUAAACGAGUUCUCGAGAUACGAGCACCGUUCUCAACAAUCAUUACCAAGUAACAUAACUUUCUACUCAAGCUAUUUAAUAGUCACUGGGUUAAGAGGGUGUUGCACCGUAUUCCAUUUAGUUAAUUGUUUUCUAAGUAAUACAUUAGAAGUAUUUACAAUUUAUUUCUGAGGUAACAGGUAUAAUGAUUAAGAUGGGACCUCCAAGUAAAUACCAAGUUAAAAGCAGUUGCAAGGAGGAUUAUUAAAAUAUGCACAUAAUUAAACGCGACUCAAAAAAUCGAGACUUAAUAGGACAGUACACUAUAUUUUUUGAUAAAUAAUAAUAAGUACAUACAUACUAUACAUACAAAAUAUCUAGUCAGUAAUAGUCAUAUUAUUGUUAAACAAAAAAACUCAUGAAUACAAAUGUUUGUAUUAGACGAGGUUUAAAUAUAUAACCAUACUAUAACUAUUGGAAAUACUACACUAUAUAAGAAAUAUUAUUACAUAUAACAAAAAUACAUUGCAAACACACUGGUUGUAGUUCCAAUGGGAUACAGAAUAAAAGCUAAGCAAGCAAUCUAUUUACCCUUUUUUUUUAAUAAGGAAACUACAGUUCCCAUAUUUUCUGGGCUUGGGUAACAAUAUGUGGCUCUUCCUGCUGAGUCAGAUUACCCAUAAAAAUUGUCUCCGUCCAUUUGCAAUAUGAAGUUACCCAUAUUCUCUAUCUUCCUAGAUCUAGCUAGAGAUUUCUACGCAACCAUAUUUACUUUUAGAAGAUAAAAUUUUUAAAUCACUGAACUUCUAAUUAUGCGUCAAACAAAAAUGAAAAUUAUAACAUUUUUCUUACACAUAUUGACAGUAUACGGGUCUUUUGUUUAUUUAAAAUUAAAUAUUAAAAUUUGUAUAAUAAUUAUUUAUACAUUAUAAUUAUAAUGUAUAAUUAUAUAUUUAUUUAUAUAUAAUUAUACAUUAUAAUUAUUUUUAAUAUAACACACUAAUUGUCUCUGGGCACACUACACAUAUCUUACUAACGAUUACUUAAUAUUAUAAUUCUCAAUAUAAAAUAGAAACAAUAUUAAAAAGUGUUAUAACAUAUCACCAAUAACCAUAAUCAUAUCACACAUAACUAACGUAACUGUAUUUAUUUUUUACUGUAGAAAUAAAGUUAAUUUUAUAUAUUAUAUUUAUGGCAGAAAUGUUGAAAGAAACAAUGUAUUCAAUUGUAAUAUCAAAAGUAUUACAUUAUUUGUGGUCAAUGUAAUUUACCCUUUUCAUUAUUUUAUUAUAUAUUUUUAGCUCUAGCUAUUCUAUGUGUGACCUAGCAUGAACACAGUAUAAUCUUUUUCAAAUAUAUUUUAUUGUUAGUAUGUUUGUACGUUUAGUAGUUUAUUGUUGAUAUGUUUAGUUGACAAACUGUCCACUGCUAAACAUUGGCCUCCCCUAUAAGAGGGAUUUUGCCAGUAAUUGCCAAGUUUGACAAGCACUCGGUGAUCGCAGUAUAAAAAAUAUACAUAUCUAAUUAAAAUUAUCAAAAAUAAGUGAUUUCAUACAUAUCAUUAUAAAAAGAUAUAUACUUGUUUUUGUUUGACUAAAAAAGAAUUCACUAAGUAUUUAAUAUAUAGUAUUUUAAAUUAAUAUUUCCUGUAAACAGGUUUCUCGUGCACUAAAGUUUAUUUAUUAUAUAUAUUGAAAAAAGAUUAUUCUGUGUUUAUAUAUAUGUUUAAAAAUUUAUAAGUACUUCUGAAAUAUAAAUAUAUAUGAAAUAUUUAAGAAAAGUUCACACAUAACCAUUAUUAAUAACAUAUAUAUUUUUAUAACUGUAAAAGAAUUAACAUUAAAAUAAUUAUAAUAUUUCAUGUACCAGAAGUGUUAUUGACAAUUAAACCGUAUUAUAAAAUUUUUGAUGUUGUAGAUGAUCAAAUAACAGGAAAUUAGUCUUUCAUGUAACGCACUACACUAAUAAUAAUAAUUAUAUUACACUUGAUCAUUAUUUGCUAUGUCUCAAAUCACUAUAUGCACUGACUUGAUUUUUAUAUUAAUUUGUUAUUUUAAAUGAUCUCCUUUUAUAUACAUAAUAUUAUUUGGAAGAAAAUUAAAGAUUGAGGGCUUUUAAUUUUUUUUAAAUUUACUAAUUAUACAAGUUCAUUUAUACUAUUAUUACAUUUAUAUUAAUUAGUUUUUUAUGAACUUCACAAAUAUCUUUACUUUAUAUUUUAACACUGUUUUAAUUAUAUAACACAAAGACAAUAGGAUGGGAAGUCAACCAGGUAGAUUGUUUUCGUUAUAUAUUAUAUAAUACAUUAUAUAAAAACUCAUAUAUUAAUAAUUUUAUUUGUGAUAUGAAAUAUUGUGAGAAUUUUAUAUUUUAUAUUUAAUAUUGAAUUAUAAAAUUGAAUGAUAAAUAUAAAUACACAAAUUAUUUUUAUUAGUUUUAUUUAUUAUAUAUUAUUUUGACCGUAUUUAUACAUUUUAAUUAUUUAUAUUAUAUUAACAAUAACAUUAUAAUUAUUUAUUUACUCUUUUGUUACAAAAAUACAUUUGAAAUAAUUCAUAUUUUAAAAUUAAUAACAAUUAACUGAUAAAACACAACAGCACUUAUUGUAAAUAUGAAAUUAUCGUAGUUAAAUAAAUAAGUAAAAAAUAAUGUUUACGGCAGUAUGUACGAUAAAAUUAACUGUCUCUAACAGAUUAUAAGGAAGCGGAUAAUUUUAAUAAUUAUAUUCAAAUAAUAUCAAAGUCAUUUUAAUUUAACAUAUUCCUAUUUAGUGUAUUUAUUUUUAUACAUUUAUAAUUUAUUUAUAAAUGUAGUCGUAAAACAUUUUGUAUAAUUAAAGAUAGAUUGUAUAAUUAUUGUUAAUAAUUUAUCAUAAAAUACAUAUCGGUGCUUUUGUUGACUGUUAAUUUAGCGUAAAUAUUAUUAUCAUUAAUGUAAUAAUUAUAUUAAAUGUACAAUA